AUGGAAUCUAUCAAAAGCUCCGUGGAUGUGGUAGAUGGCACAUGGUCUCAUCUCAACGGGCUGAUCGCAGAUGUGCCCUGCUGGACGUGCAGACGGAGGCGCCUGAGAUGCGACAACCUCAAGCCGGCAUGCGUCAAAUGCACCCGGGCGGGGCUGCAGUGUCUGGGGUACGGACCCAAUAAACCUCUUGUCUGGGUCGAACAAGGCCGCCGCCGCAAGUUGGCUCACAAACAGACGCCACAUCCAGCAUCACCAACCCUAGCCUCUUCCGUCAAAGAUUAUGACCAAGAAUGGCCCAAGCGCGCGCCAGAAGACGAUGAUCGGCAAAUCAAUAGAUGGGAGGUUGGCCCACUUCUCCAGAGCCCAGUUGACCCCAUCCUCCGCCAGCAUGGCAUCAAGUCCGUCGAGUACAUAUCUUAUUACGAACAACGUUGUUGUAUGGAGUGUAGCAUCUAUGACGAGAAAUCUGUAAAUCCGUUCAGACGGUUCAUGCCAAUGGCACUGUCUAACCCACUCGUUCAUCAUACCAUCGUAUCACUCGCGGCACAUCAUCGAGCGCGUUCUGAGAUUACAUUGGAACCUCCAGAGAAACAUGGCUUGCUGUUUCAUAUGGCAGUCUCGGAUAGCGUCGAGUCCAGUGAUACUGCGACAUCGUUGCAGCUCCGCUCCAGGGACUUUGCAGACGCUCUCAUGCACAAGCAGCAAGCCAUAGCGCACAUGAGGUUGGCAUUGACAGGCCCAAGCCCUUCGGACGCAGUUGUCGUGUCUACACUGCUUCUGAUUUGGGUAGAACUUCUCGAAUUUGGGUAUCGGUCCUGGAAGUAUCAUCUCGGUGGCAUGCGGGCUUUGCUGGUUUCGCGAACAAGCGCUGCCCUGAGAAGUGACGCCGAAGCUGGGUUAGCGGGUUCCGAAUUGCAUGAUGCCACGUUUUGGAAUUUUGGUGCUUAUUUUGAGGAAAUUUAUGUCUCGCUUCAAACAUUUGGCUCAACAUUGUGUCGCGAUAAGCCAGACUUGUCUGAGACCUUCACCGACCCCGGACUUUACACGAUCUUGAGACGUGGAGAAUUCCGGGGUUGGACGGGAUGUCCCGCGGAGCUGUCGCACAUUCUCUGUGGCUUCAACUCCCUUCUGUGCACCUCGAGGGCUGGGAAUUGCCAAGAAGACUUUGCCAUGCGCGCGUCGCAACUAUUUCAGCGGCUCGAACAGUUCUCUUGUCGGCAGUGGGCGGUGGACUACCCCGAACCACACUAUGUGUCUCAGAGAGAGUCUUUGGCGCAUGCCUACAAGUGUGCAAUUAAGAUCUACGGCCGGAGGGCUCUAGCCGGGCAACAUUCCACCGAGCUUUCCCAUGUUGCCCAUGCCGCAGUUGAGUCUCUGCGAUGCAUUAGCCCAAGGGAUUGUCAUUUCAAAGGUUGCCAGUGGCCGGCAUUUGUCGCAGGUGCUGAGGCAAGGGACCCCGCAGACCGGAUGGCGGUCAAACAGAUCCUUCUCGAUAUGCACAAACUGGUCAGGACGCGGAACGUGGAACAGGCCAUACACAUGCUCGAGAGAAUAUGGCGCCAAUCGGAACUUCCAAACCCCAAAACAUGGAUUGAGUACGUGUAUGAUACAGGCGAAGAGUUACUUCUCGUAUGA